AUGAGCAGGAUUUUGGGAGUUUUUGGAGUUUGGGUAAUUUUGGGAUUUUUGGUGCAGAAUGUGACAGCGAGUGAGUGUCCGGUGUUUAAAUGUGGGAAGAUUAAGAACCAAAAGGAUGAACAUACUUGUCUGCAGUAUUCUUCGGAGUGGAUAGUGCAGAAAUGUCCCAAAGGAGAGUAUUGUCUGGGAGAUAAGUUUAACAGUGUUGAAAGUGUUGUUAAUAAUACGUUAUGUGCUAAACAGGAAGUUAAGGACCGUUUACCAGGAGAGCAUUGUUCUAAAGACACAGAGUGCUACAAUCAAUUUAAAUGUCACAAAGGAACUUGCCAAGGCUUAGUUACUGAUCAAAGAUGCAUCAAUCAGUUUGGCAGAGAAGAACAAAGGUACUGUAGCCCAGGCCUUUUUUGAGAUUCUGUGAAGCAAACUUGUAAGGAAAUUACUAAGUUUGGAGAAACUUGUACUGCACAAGCACCCUGUGAGUAUGGCACUCUAUGUGCGAUGACAAAGCAGGAUGCAGGGUUUAGCUGUAAGAAGAUGUUUUCUUUACAGGAUGGAGAGUUAGUUGAUUUAACCCAAGUCUUCCCAAUCUCAACCGUUGCUUAUUCGAAGGAGGAUAUUUGUCAAUCAGGGCAUGUUUUGAGGAGUGAUAAAGGGACUUACUGUAUGCCAGGUCCUCAAUUAAUUGAUUCUAAGAGGGUUAAGGAAAAGGGAGCAGGAGAGGUUUGUAAAUACAAAGCCUUUAGGAAUCCUAAUGAUCUCACAGAAUACCAGGAGUUUACAGAAUAUUCUAAAUGUGGGUUUAAUACAAAUGGAUCAGGAUACUGAGAUGUCUAUAAAGGAGAUAUUGAAUAUACUUCUGCAAUAGAAGGGUAUAAGGAAGCUCUUCAAAAAGUUGAUAAUGAUUGUCAUUUACUUUCGACUUUAUCCAAGUGUAAAAAUCUUAAAAACAAAGAAGGGAAAGCUGCAAAGAAAUGGGAGCAGGCUCAAUUUUACAUUGGAGAAGGAAGCUAUGCUGCAGCUGCAGAUAAUGACAAAUGUGUUAAAUCAGAAAUUAUGCGUUCAUUUUGGGAAGGAGACAGCUCAUAUCAACUUACAGUCACAGUAUUCCUCUCUAUUCUUGCUCUCUCCAAUUUGAUCUAAUAGAAUAUAAUUUCAACACAUGA